GCUCUCUCUCUUGUGAAUACAAAAUAGUAAAUAUUUUAAAUAAAAAUAGUAUAUAUAUUUUAAGUGCUUGCCAAGAAUUUAUUAAUCUGUCAUUAUCAGUGUUUGACUAACUGUGUUGAGAAUAACUUUACCAAAUGUUAGGAAUCAUGCGCGAAACGUUGCAACGACUUUUACAAGAAAGCAAUCGAUAAAAAAUAAAUUGAAACGAGAUGUAUUUGCGUGUUAUUAUUAAGGCGUAAAACUAUUUCGAUGGCUAUAAUGCGUUAUCGUAGGCGUUUUAAAUUGAACGGAAUAUAUUAUAGCUAAAAACCAUAUAGGAAAUUAUCGACGACCAAAGGUGUUUGCGCCAGACACCUCUUAAACUCGAUUAAGGAGAUUGUGGGCGUAAGAGGAGGCGUGGAGCUCGGCUGAAAGAAACUUGCGCUGCGUAGGAAGCCAACGUAUAUGUGAUUAAAAAAUGCAUUCUGUGGGUAUACAUUCCGCAAUGGCUAUUAAGCGGCAAAGAAAACGACGAGAUGAACAAAAAAGGGCACGAGAGAGGCGCUACAGCACCCAAAGUUCCGAGAGUGGAGAAACCUAUCAUUCACCAACGGGAUCCGUAAGACGCAAAUAUCAUCAUCCCCAUCAUGCACAUAACGCCGGUACUGGAAUGCUUGACAGCCAGGUAGUUACUAGUAUUGGAAUGUUGCAUAUUGGUAUUGUGUUCGUUGUGUUUGGAGUUUUUCUUUGCGGAGCUGGUAUUAUUCCAGAUGAAACUAUGUCUUGGAAUGUAUUUAGUUCAAGCUCUGCCUGGUGGAAUGAAGUGACUUGCACCGGUUUAUUUUCCCUCGGAUUGGGAUUAUUUCUACUAAUCUUAAAUUGUCUCAUAAGUCGGAAAGAAGAGGAGGACCUUGAGGACUACGUGCAGCGUCAGCUUACUCGAUCUCGUUCUGGGCACCGACUUGAGCGAGAUGUUGAAACUGGUGUACUGACCACCCGUCAUGCUCGAAAAGCUGUUGCCUUACAAAAGAGCGGACGUAACAACUCUUCCACAGAUGUAGCUGUCGUAAAUUGCGGCACUUCAGAAACUCUAUGUAAUGGACCGACACUUGGACGUAAUGGACUAAGCGGAUCCGAUGCUAUUCUGGAAAAAAUUGUGGAGGAGGACACUACUUAUUUAAACGACCGUAGUGCUGGAAUAUCUCCGAUUGAAAUAGAAAAUGAUACAAAGCAGCUGUUACGAAGGGAAUCUAUAAGUGAUGCAAUCAAUAUAACACAAAUAUAAAAUACUGUAAUUUUAAAAUGAUAAAAAAUUAGUAGUUUAUAUCUUUAAAGCUUUACAAAUAAUUUAUAAUAUCAUCAGAUGUAAAUCAUUUUUAGGCUCGUAAUUUUUUUAAACCCUCAAUCUGGUUAUGGUCAUUAAUAUGAGAGCGUAAUAUAAAUAUUGAACAUAUAAUUCUAGUGGUUACAUAUAUUCAAUUUAAAAAAGCACAUCAAAUUCGCAAACUAUGCAGAAGUUUGACUAGUAACACUAGUUUACAGCCAAAAUGCUCCACAGCAAUUGAUUGCAAAUUCUGUUAGUGUUGGAGCCAUAGAUCACGAAAAUACCACUAA